CGCGGGAACAGCAACCAGGCUCCGCUCUGGCUCUUGUCUUCACACACGGACGCAGGUGGAGCAGGUUUUGUCUCAGAGACAACUCCGGAAGGGAAAAAGGGGGAAAAAGAAGCUGUGUCUGUGGACUCUAUACGGCGUGGAUAUUACACAAAGAACGUCCUCGGUUGGUUCUCGAGGUGACACCGCUGCACGACGAGCAGGCCUGGGCAACAGAGGAUUGUGGUAAUGGCAUCUAUCCCUGCUGUGAUGUGUCUUUGAUCAGUGGAACAUUGGCAGACUGUCUUUGGAUGGAACAGUAGAAGAGUUAAUGAAAGUCAUGCGUUCCAAAUGCAAACAAACCAACGACGAAUGAAACCCAAUUCAUUGUUCAUCUGAAUGCGGCUUGUAGCGAACAGAACAUGUGGAAUCAAGUAAUAUUUUGAAUCAGACUUGGAUUUUGGAGGACUUUUCCCUAAAUGUAUCCUUUCAUGGAAAUACUGGAAAUCAGGAUGGAGAAUAAAGUCAAACGAAACCGUUAGGUACUAGGGAGUUUUAGAAUCCGAGGCCAUCUAUUUGUACAGUGCUAUUUUCGAAAAGGCCAAAUACAUUAACACACCACACUGGGAAUAAAUUUCUCCUCUGCUGUGGAGAAACAGAACAUUAAAAAAGCAGGAUUAGGAGCGUGCGUCAACGAUGAUGGCAAGGAAGUGGAGGUGUAGUGGGAGGCGACUGCGGAUCUUGGUGCUGCUGUUACUGCUGGCGGCUUCAUCACUGGCACUGGAGUUUGAUGGCCUGCCAGGCCAGUGGGCACGUUAUGGGCGUUGGGAAGCUGGCGGUACGGGUGAACUGAGCUUUGCGAUGAAGACCAACGUGAGCGAAUCCGUCCUACUUUAUCUGGAUGAUGGUGGCAACUGUGACUUCCUGGAGCUGCUGAUCAGCGACGGUCGCCUGCUGUUGCGUUUUGCCUUGCACUGUGGUGAGCCUGCUACACUCCACAUGGAGACACCUGUCAGCGAUCAGCGCUGGCACCGAGUGCAGCUGGUGCGCAACUACCGCCACACCACGCUGACGGUGGACAGCGAGGCCAAGGUUGCUGAGGUAAAAUCCAAGCGUAAGGAGAUGGUUGUGGCAAGCGACCUUUUUGUGGGUGGAAUUCCCCCCGAUGUACGCCUUUCUGCGCUUACCUCAAGCACCGUCAAGUACGAGCCUCCAUUCCGGGGCCUGAUUGCCAACCUAAAGCUAGGAGAAUCUGAUCCUCUCCUUCUGGACAGCCAGGGUGUGAAGAUUGACCUGGAGUACCUUUGCACCAAGCACAACCCCUGUAGCAAUGGAGGGCACUGCUCAGUCUACCAGAGUGAUGUCCUGUGUGACUGCACCAACACUGGCUACAAGGGAAAGUACUGCACUGAAGCCAUCCAACAAGUGUUAGAAGGUCUGGCGCACCUGAUGUUAAAGAGCCAAGCCCCAGGACCUGCUCCACUGAAGGCCACUGCAGCUGCAGGUGUUACCGAAUCAGGACGAGCCGAGUCGGUGGCUACGUUCAAGGGCAGCGAGUUCUUCAGCUACAACCUGUCACAGACGCCCAUCCAGAGCAGCUCUGACGAUAUCACGCUAGCGUUCCGUACGGUCCAGCGCAACGGCCUGCUGCUACACACAGGAAAGGGGGCUGAUUAUGUCAACCUGUCGCUGAAGAACGGCGCCGUAUGCCUCGUCAUCAAUUUGGGCUCGGGUGCCUUCGAAGCGCUGGUGGAGCCAUCAGAUGGCAAGUUUAAUGACAACGUGUGGCACGCCGUGCGCAUCGCCCGCAACCUGCGCCAGGUCACUAUAUCUGUGGAUGGCUUACUGACGACCACAGGCUACACCCAGGAGGACUACACCAUGCUGGGCUCAGAUGACUUCUUCUAUGUGGGAGGCAGUCCAAACACAGCCGACCUACCCGGCUCUCCGGUCAGCAACAACUUCAUGGGCUGUUUGAAAGACGUGGUCUAUACCAAUAACGAGUUUAGGCUGGAGCUCUCUCGGCUGGCUGAACUGCGAGAUCCCAAAGUGGCCGUACACGGUGAACUGACCUUCCGCUGUGAGGAUGUAGCUGCCCUUGAUCCUAUCAGCUUCGAUACAUCAUCCGCCUACGUCAGCCUUCCUCACUGGAGCAGCAAGAAAACUGGAUCAAUUUCCUUUGACUUCCGCACCACAGAGUCCAGCGGCCUGCUGCUGUUCAGCCACGGGCGCAUGCAGGGUUUGCGGGAGCACCGACCAAGGGUUGACUUUUUUGCCAUGGAACUUCUCGAUGGUUUUCUGUUCCUACUGAUGGACAUGGGCUCAGGCAGCAUUAAGUUAAAGGCCAGCAAUAAGAAGGUGAAUGACGGCGAAUGGUGUCACGUGGACUUCCAGCGAGAGGGACGCAAAGGCUCCGUCUCGGUGAACGGCCGCAGCAUGCCCUUCUCCACCAACGAAGGCAGCGAGAUCCUGGACCUGGAUGGUGAGAUGUAUAUUGGCGGUCUCCCUGAGGAAAGCAAGGCUUUACCUCUGCCCCCCGAGGCGUGGACAGCAUCGUUGCGGUUGGGCUUUGUAGGUUGCAUGCGGGACAUGUUUGUGGACGGCCGGAGCCAGGACUUGCGGCGUCUCACCGAGCUGCAGAGCGCGGCAGGCGUCAGCGUCUCCUGUACACGUGAGACCCACCGGCGCUGCAGCACCGAACCCUGUUCCCACAGCGGCCACUGCCACGAAGGCUGGAACCGACACAUAUGCGACUGCACCGGCACCGGAUACCUGGGGCCCAACUGUGAAACUGAGGCCACAGUGCUGAGUUACGAUGGCAGCAUGUUCCUGAAGGUGCUCAUGCCUCGUGCCAUGCACACGGAAGCCGAGGACGUCUCACUGCGCUUCAUGUCCCAGAGGGCUUAUGGUCUGCUCAUGGCCACCACCUCCUCAGAGUCUGCUGACACCCUGCGCCUGGAGCUGGACGGGGGAAAAGUCAAACUCACCGUCAACUUAGAUUGUAUCGGGAUAGACUGUAACCUUAGUAAAGGACCGGAGACUCUGAACGCAGGGCACAAGCUGAAUGACAAUGAGUGGCACUCUGUGAAGGUGGUGCGCCGGGGCAAGAGCCUGCAGCUCUCAGUAGACAAUGUGACUGUGGAAGGCCAGAUGAGCGGAGCUCACACGCAGCUGGAGUUCCACCACAUCGAGACUGGAAUCAUGACAGAGCGCCGUUUCAUCUCUGUCAUGCCAUCCAACUUCAUUGGCCACCUACAGGGGCUAUCGUUUAACGGUGUACCCUACCUGGACCAGUGCAAGAAUGGCGACAUUUCGUACUGCGAGCUGAACGCUCGCUUCGGCAUGCGUCGCAUUGUGGCCAAGCCGGUGAGCUUCAGGACCAGAGGCAGCUAUCUGGCUCUGUCCACUCUGCAGGCCUACACAUCCAUGCACCUGUUCUUUCAGUUCAAGACCACCAGCCCUGACGGUCUGCUGCUGUUCAACUCCGGAGAUGGCAGCGACUUUAUCGUGGUCGAGCUGGUUAAAGGGUAUAUUCAUUACGUCUUCGACUUGGGAAACGGGCCGUCGCUCAUGAAGGGCAACUCCGACAAGCCUCUCAACGACAAUCAGUGGCACAACGUGGUGGUGUCUCGAGAUGACAGCAAUGUGCACACACUUAAGAUCGACUCCCGCACCGUCACCCAGCACUCCAACGGAGCCCGCAACCUGGACCUCAAAGGGGAGCUGUACAUUGGCGGUGUGGGGAAGAGCAUGUACAACAGUCUGCCUAAGCUGAUAGCAUCUCGAGACGGUUAUCAAGGCUGCCUGGCCUCUGUGGACCUCAACGGCAGGCUGCCGGACCUCAUCAGUGAUGCCCUACAUAAGGUGGGCCAAGUGGAGAAAGGAUGUGAUGCUGGCCCAGGCACUACCUGCUCGGAGGACUCGUGCUCACAUCAGGGUGUGUGUCUCCAGCAGUGGGAGGGCUUCACCUGCGACUGCACCAUGACCACUUAUGGUGGCCCUCGCUGCAGUGACCCUGGGACCACAUAUAUAUUUGGGAAAGGAGGCGCUCUUAUCACAUACACAUGGGCACCAAAUGAGCGACCAAGCACCAGGGCAGACCGGCUGGCCGUGGGCUUUAGCACUCAGUUGAAAGAUGCCAUCCUGGUGCAGGUGGAGAGCACGCAGGGCCUGGGAGACUUCCUCCAGCUACACAUAGAGCAAGGAAAAAUCUGUGUCAUCUUCAAUGUGGGCACUGAUGACAUCACUAUAGAUGAGCCAGCAGUCGUCGUGAGCGAUGGCAAAUACCACGUAGUGCGCUUCACCCGCAGCGGGGGUAAUGCCACCCUCCAGGUGGACAACCAACCCGUCAUCGAGCGCUACCCAACAGGCAACUUUGAUAAUGAACGGCUGGCUAUAGCCAGGCAAAGAAUCCCAUACAGACUUGGUCGGGUAGUUGACGAGUGGCUACUCGACAAAGGACGGCAAUUGACCAUUUUCAACAGCCAGGCAGCCAUUAAGAUCGGAGGCCAAGAUAAAGGCCGGCCAUUCCAGGGACAGAUCUCAGGGUUGUACUACAAUGGGCUGCAGGUGCUGAAGCUGGCAGCUGAGGGUGACCCCAGUGUUAAAGUGGAAGGCAACCUUCGUUUGGUGGGAGAUGCACCGUCGGUAUUGUCCACAGAGACCACUUCGGCCACGCCUCCUGCCGCCAUGGACAUGUCCACAACCAUCAUGGAGACCACCACCACCAUGGCCACCACUACUACUCGAAGACAGCGCUCACCCAGCCUCAAGGACAGCAUAACGCAGAACUCUGAUGACCUGUUGGUGGCAUCGGCCGAGUGCCCCAGUGAUGACGAGGACCUGGAGGAGUGUGAGCCUGGCACUGGAGGUGAAUUAGUGUUGCCCAUAAUUACCAUGGACACCCAAGACCCCCAGUCUGUGGCCCCGCAUUACCCUGCCAUUCCCCCUCCCCCUACAUCCCUGAGCCCCCUCCAGACCACCAAAGAGUCCCUUGUUCUGUCUGAGCCACGGCCACCGUGCCCUCCUGACCAGGAGGACUGCGGUGAGCCCAUGGAGGUGUCAGCCUUCGGCUCGGGGGAGAUGACAGAGUCUGAUGAUGAGGAUUUCUAUAAAAACUCCCCAAUGGUCACUGAUAGGACAGUGCUGCCUCCUCCCCCUGGCGUGGGCAAAAGUGGAGGCCAAAAGCCUGGUGCCCAUCGCCCUCAUGCUCCCCCUGUCCCCCCUGCCCCAACAACCCACCCUGACCAACUCCACAUCCCCGCAGGUAAAAUGAACACCCGUGACCAGGUGCUCCUCCCCCCAGCCCCAUCCUCCCGCCUCACUCCGGGACUAACAUACCCGCCCGAUUUCCCUCGUGUGCCCACAGCUAGGCCCUCGGCUUCGGUUGAGAGGGGCCUCCCCGGUGCCGUGGAGGUGAUUCGUGAGUCCAGCAGCACCACAGGAAUGGUGGUGGGUAUCGUUGCAGCUGCCGCCCUCUGCAUCCUGAUCCUCCUCUACGCCAUGUACAAGUACCGUAACCGCGAUGAAGGAUCCUACCAGGUGGAGCAGAGGCGCGGCUCAGGCAGCGAAAGCAACGGCGCCGUAGUCAAGGAGAAGACGCCAGGCACAACCGCAUCCAUGUCGAAGACCGUCGCAAAGGGGAAGAAAAACAAAGACAAGGAGUAUUACGUCUGAGGGAAGAGCGAGGGAGAAAGUGAGAGAGAAGGACGGUGGGCUGAUGAUUGUAGAGCGUAAAUCACCUCUUCAUUCUCAUCCUCAAACAUUUAAGCCUUCAGUGAAAUUUUCAAAAGUUAUGACACAGUAAGGUAAAUGUGGAGAGAGAGAGAACGAGAGAGAAAGAGAGAGAGAGCGAUAGAGAGAGAGAGAGAUGUAAAGGAAAGUACUAAUGAUAAUGAAGGAAGUGGAUGACCAUGUUCUGGGUGUCUAACAUAGCCAUUUUAACCUUGUUUCAUCCUCUUUUGUGCCUCAAGGAGAUCAUCCAUUACAUUUUAGAUGAUGAAAUGCCAUUCAUUCUCUUUGCAAUGAAAAUUGCCGCUUCCAGAGAACAGGAAUCUUUAGAGGUUAAUGAAUCACCAUGGAAAGGGAGAGAACUCCGACCACGCUAACUCAUCAGCAGUCCGCUCCAGUGUCUGCUGCUGCUUUCUGAAUCCUUUGGCUAAUUUUAAUGUGAAAUCGAUUAUAUCCUGCAAUUUGAACUAUAAAAAAAUGUAAUUAUCCUUGAUGUCAUUAUUCACACUGAGCGGUAAAUACUGUGUGCGGUAUCAGGCAAGCAAAUGUUCCUGCUAAUUCACUUUUUUUUAGAUAUUUAAUUAUGUGCUUGGUAAGAAAAACAAGCCAACUGCUUUUACACUUAAUUUUACUUUGACCACAUUUCCCACAUACGGUGUAUUAGAAAAAGUUUAGGAGAAUGUGCUGUGUAGUUUUUGGCCAACUUUAAGUAAAUUAAGGAACGUGCUAAUUAGAUGCAUGUGUUCUUUAAGAAAUCUGUAUAUGAUUCAUCUGACUUGUUAUGCAUUUUAAAGUUUUCACAAGAAGAAAAAUCACAAGAUUUGUGACGUUUGUUACGCCUUACCAUAUUUUUUUUAAAUCAUCUCACCCUUAUACAAUCCCCUCUACUUAAAAAAGUAGAUUUCUUUAUAGCCUUACAUCGCUAGCAUUAACGUACCAGGCAAUUCUGUCUUGUAUUUCCUAGGGAUGCAUCAAUACCAUGUUUUUUUCUCGAUACUCAUCGAUACUAGUACUGAUACCAAAAUGAGUAAGCUAAGAUAUAAAAUGUUAUGGUGUUUAAACUGUAUCUUUAAUAGAGAGUGUGUGAGGGAAGGCGGCCGACUGUAGUGUGCACAGGCGCAGCAGCCGAACUUGACAUAAACUAGCAAGCAAAGUAUAAACUCUGACAAGCUAACACAUCUCAGUGCUCAGUGCUCGCAGAACUGAAGUGCUCCACUCCAACUUUGCAGGCUCAAUCACUUCGCUUGCGUAUUCACGGCACCUCGUAGUCCCUUUUAACGAUAACGCACUGCUUGCUCGAGCCAGCUGAAUGUUGACAUACUGUUACUUAACAUACCGUUUAUACACGAUAAGAUAUUUUAUCAGGUUCUUUGUAUUGUAGGAGGAUGCUCUAGUAGCUCCACGUGAUAUUUUCAGAGCACUGGUGCUGUCUGUUUUGUUCCGAUUUCCAUCAUUAAUCAGAACAGAUGGAUGUCAUUUUAUGUCUGGUCUUCAUUAAUGCCACGCCGUACACCAGGAUUUUGUGAUCCUCGUGUUGAUAUCAGAUGAUGCCAUCAGAGUACUUUUUUAUGAGUAAACGAGAGCAGUAUCAGACCUUAUUCCAGUAUCAGUAUCGAUGCAUCCCUAACAUUUACAGCAACAAUACUGCACUACUAGUAAUGUGGAGUUUUCGUCUUGUUAUUGUUCACUGGUUCAUGUGCUGAAGCCUUGAGAAUAAUUUGGGCCUGAUCUAAACCUCUCUGCCAGGUCUGAAAUUGUUCUGUCCUGAGGAUACAGUGCUAAUCCAUCAAUAUUUAAUGUUCAAAUCCUCUAAUUUAGGGAGCAGCUUUUGUUUGAACAUUUACUGCUGCUGUGAUGGUGAUAAUAUUCUCCAUCACCCCACUGGGAUUUUCAAUAUUUUAGCACCUACUGCAGAAUAUCACCACUCUGAACAUAUACAGAUAUUAGAAUUAGACUCAAAACACACAAAUUAUAACAUUAACUAUAGCAGCACCUGGUAAAGUGUUUUAUGGUCCAGAAAAUAUGGUAAUACCACUGUAAGGGUCAAAGGUAUUGUAAAAACUGUGCACUCUCUCAAUCUCUCUCUAUCUCUUUCCUCCCAGACACCCCCACCCCCUCUCUCCGUACUUUGUUCUGUAUCCUCUCUUUCUUUCACUCUCUCUCUCUCGGUACUUUGUUCUGUAUCAUCUCUCUCUCUCUCUCUCUCUCUCUCUCUCUCUCUCUCUCUCUCUCUAUCUCGGUACUUUGUUCUGUAUCAUAUCUCUCUCUCUCUCUCUCUCUCUCUCUCUCUCUCUCUCUCUCUCUCUCUCUCUCUCUCUUCUAUCUCUCUAUCUCUAUCUCGGUACUUUGUUCUGUAUCAUAUCUCUCUCUCUCUUCUAUCUCUCUCUCUAUCUCGGUACUUUGUUCUGUAUCAUAUCUCUCUCUCUCUCUUCUAUCUCUCUCUCUAUCUCGGUACUUUGUUCUGUAUCAUCUCUCUCUCUCUCUCUCUCUCUCACUCUUCUCUCUCUCUCUCUCUCUCUCUCUCUCUCUCUCUCUUUCUCUCUCUCUCUCUCUCUCUCUCUCUCUCUCUCUUCUAUCUCUCUCCCCCCUCUCUCUCACUCUCCAUGGUGCUAACUUGUUCAUUAUCUAUUAGGCUACUUAUUGGUGUUCCAUGCAUGAUGUAUUCAUAUUUAACUUCUGGGUCAGAGAGUUGCUUGAUAUGAAAUCAGUAAGUUGAUCAUCAUCCAACUUGCUAACUCUCAUCUCCGUACCUGAGGGAUUCAUAGCACCACCUCAUCAUGGACGAAAAAAGAUCCCGGCUAAAGAAACAUACGAAAGCUGGAGCAAUUAGCAUCAAUUAAAAAAAAAAACAAACAUUGUAUUUAUGUAAAUACAAGAUUCUGUGGACAUUGCUGAUAAUACAUCAGGAUACAGGUUUGUCCGUAUGCGUGUGCGCGUGAGUGUUUUGUCCCUGUUCGUCCUCUAGCAUGAGAAAGACCUGACUGGACUUUGAGACAUCUUUCUCUGCCCCUUUAUUCUCCAAGAAACAAAACUAGAAUCUGACACCUACUGAAUGAGACUGCAGGAAGUGCAUACUGCUUGGAAGGAAGUCCUAUGUGCAGAACUUUUCCUGGCAUCCUCGCUGUGAUAAAAAUGAAACGAAGGAAGUGGGGAAAAAGUAACCUGACAACCGAGAACUGCUCUCCUGAAGAGCAUUUCUGUAUAGAGCUACGGGAACUCAAGUCUACAAAGUCUACAUUUUUUUAUAUAUAUAAAGAGGAUACAUCCCUGAAAAGAGAAAAAAAAAUGGUGUAAUGUCUAGAUAUUUUUCACAGUCAGUGAUUCUUAUUUUACUGAAAUGGCCAUACUUGUUAUCAGAGAAAGGUCUGUUAAAUCCUUACACGCCACAGAAAAAUGUGGUUUUCACAACAACGAUUGUCUCAGUCACAUUAGGUGAUUUUUCAAAUGUGGAAUCAUAUGAAAUAAAAUGUUUGCAAAUCUUGAAUAGCUUUCUUUAAAUUCCAUAAGGGAAAAGAAUUCAGCCAUAUGUCCCUGAUUUUUCUUUUGGUUAUUUUUAAUACAUUGUUUAAAAUUGUACUGAUUUUUUUUAAACAUGGUUGCCAUUUCCAUAGAACAGUCAGAGUAUAUUCCCAUUCUUACUUAAUGUUAUUGUAAAGUGUUCCCGUGAGAUGAAUUUAAAUAUGUGUACAUUGACAGAGGUAAAAAAUACACUUGGUUAUAUACUUCUUA